UCGACACGACAUAAAGGCAUCAUUUGGAUAACAAUUUUGUGUGGUUGGAUUCUCGUGGUUUUCUUUAAUCCGUUUGAUAAUUUUGACAAUGCUAUUAACGGUGACACCGAUUUUCAAACUGAAAACGAUUCUGUUAUCAUAGAAAACACCGUGAAAACCGACAACUUUGCCACGACAUUGGGAAUAUUCACACUCAAUAUCAUCGCAUAUAUAUGUGCAAUUGUCUCGAUUCCGUUUCUGGUCGCAACAAUCUUGGUUUACAUUUAUAUUCCCGAAUUGCAUAAUUUGCAUGGAACAUGUUUGGUUUGCUAUUUGGUGUGUCUGGUUUCUUCAAAUAUUCUAAUGAAUCCGUACAUAAUAACGACAAAAUAUGCAUGUGUUGUUGGCUCUUACUUGGGUUUGUGCACACUUCAUUGGUUACAGGUUAUUGGCUUUGAUAUGUGGAGGAAUCUAACAAGUUUACAAAGUAUUGAACCAAAAUCAUUUGAAAUGAAGCGAUUCAUACUGUACAUGCUUUAUGCGUGUUUCGCACCAUUGUUUUCAUUUUUCGGCCUUGCUGAGCUCAUCGUUGCAUUGACGUCUCUCGAACUGUGGCAAGGAUUCAUUGUGGUGAGCAUUGUCUAUUUAUGCCUAACACUUCCCAUGAUCAUCGUGUUCUUCGUUUUAACCGCAUUGAAAGUGCACCGUGUUAGACAAGAAAUAAAAGAGCUGACAAAGUACGAGGAACACUUCCGACAUCGAAACAACUUAAAAAUACAAAAGGAUAAUUUCACCAUGUACAUUCGUCUAUUCAUUGCGAUGGCUGUGCACGUAUGCGUAUCAAACAUUUUAUACAUUGUGUCACAUGGAAGUAUGUAUGCCGAUAUAGCCGCCCUAUUCCUUUCAUUAGAAGGCGUGUGGAUUUUCGCAUUGCUCGUACUGAAGCGCGAUAUAUUACAUUUGAUUAAGAGAAGAUUACGAUGUCUGAGAAAUUUGCGUACCAAAAAAGAUUCUACAGCCACCAACCGAACAAAUGUGAGCACCUGACGGAGUUUAAUUGCAUCUAAAAGAAAACAAAUGAAAGUUAAAUAUCGCACUCAAACAGAGUUUGAUCAAGACAAUAAAACCAAUAUAGAUUUCGAUGGAUUCGAUUUAUUUGGCCAAUAAAUUAUUUGAUUUGAGUUGCUCGUG